AUGUCUUCGGUGUACAACUUAAUCAUUAGUCAGAAGGCUUGGAAUGGAGACCAACUGGCUGUUCAUCUUUUUGCAUACAAAGAAUUGUUAAGCCUUGUCAAGGAAUUGGAUAUGAAUCAAAUCGAUGAAAUUAUGGAUGUCACCAGCAUAUGCCUAAAAAAGGAAAAUGAGUUACCUUCGCUAAAUUUACUGCGAGUAAGUACUGAACUGUUAUCGCUUAUUGAAGAGAAAACUGAAGUAUUCACUGGCAAAAGAUUAAUGCAGAAGAACUGGUCUAUUAAUUUUCGCAUUGUUAUCAGGCGUCUGCUGCAGACUCCAGCCAUCGCGCAGCCUGCACCCAGUACAUCGGAAGAAACAUUUCUUGAUCAGUAUUUACCAGUAUUAUUUGAAUUAUCAGAUGAAUUGAUUUCUCUGAUUGGUAGUCAGUGGUUUGAAAGCGAUCCGGAUUUUUUGUUGUUAUUAUCUUCUCUGUCUUCUAUACGAUUGCGAGAAGUCUUCCACAAACAAACAUCUAUUAAAGAAGCAUUCGUUCAUGGACGUCUUCAUUGUCACUUUGCAUGUUGCGGUGAAUAUGCCAACAUUUUAUCGGAUGAUAAGGCAACAAUAUUAUGUGGAACACUACGGGAAUCUGCAGUUUGCACAUGCGAAUAUUAUCAUAACUGUGAAGAAAGCUCAGAUGAUUUUAAGAAAGUGAUAAUAUCAACAUUCCAAUUUCUUUGUAUAUACAUAGAUUUUGGAGGAUUGGUUACAUUGCCUUCAGAAUACACGAAAAAUCUCGGAGAAGUACUCCUCCGUCUUGCAGUCAUUUGUUGUGAGAUUUCAUUGGUCCCGUUGGAAUGUCUAGCUAAAGUGAUAUGUGAGUUGCCGAAUUUACCCAACACAACAUUGGACACGAUGACGGAUGCUUUAAAAAAAUGUAAUAACAAAGCGAAUGAGGAAGACGUAGUCCGAAUACUGGAUACUUUGCACGUGCAACUGCAAGGAAGUAUUACGGGCAGAAAAUGGUGUCCAGCAGUCAGUUUACGCAGGGUAGCCGAACUUUUGCACCAGAGCCCAAAAUCGAAGUCGCAUCAUCAGGAGAACAAUCCUCCGGGAAAUCCUUAUCAGAUGUGGACUUUAAAGGUGGUGUUUCCAUCGUAUAAAAUUGCUGAGUGGUCAGGGUGUGAAUACUUAGCUGCUAACAUUAGUCUGUAUUGCUUGAAGUUGACCGUUGUAAGUUCUUCAAGUCGGUUGGCUUAUUUCCGGGUUGCUUUGGUUGGUGAAGUUGGUUCGGAGAAAAAUAAUGUCCGUAGAGCCUAUGUUCAACUAAUGUCAAAUAGGAACAAUCAGCUUAAGACCGAGAAAGCGUUGAAAGAAAAUAUUUUUGAGCGUAUUGAUGUACUCGAUUCAAAUGUCGUCACCGUUCAGGGAUUUCAGCUCGAAUUAAUGUGUGCUGAACGAAUUGAUGAUUUUAAACGAAUACCAACGAUGAUUCGUUGCAGCCAUCUUGAUGCUAUUAUCAUUUUUUAUCACAUUAGUAGCUUACGACAGUUCGAAAGCAUUCAUCAGAAGUGGGUUCCAAUCGUAAGACGUCUAUAUCGUAGUACACCUUUCAUUAUUUGCGCAACCGGGAUCGAGGCACGGCUACCACGUGAUGUCCGCCAAUUGCUAUUGCGAAAACAGCUCGGUGACCUUGAAAUUGAUACAACGACAAAACCACCCUACAAACCCAGGAAUCAAUUUAAAAAAACGAGUGCUAAGGAUCCACGAACGUUCCAAAGCUUAAUUACAACAAAAGUCGGCCAAAGUUUGGCUACAGAACUGAGAGCCUCCUAUUAUUGUGAAGUGUCCACUAAAACCUAUGAAGGAAUUGAAGAUCUCUUCAACGAUGUUUUAGCUGCAAUUAUAUCUUCGCAACAAUCCAAAAUUUGUUUGACACGUAAUCGCGUUGGAAGGCCACUACCAAAGGAUGCUUGUGGAAUUAUGUAA